AUGAAGGUGAUGAAGGGCAUCAGGAACGAGAGAAUGAAAAUGGCGCAUACGCAUGGAUUGCCAACAUUAUUUACACUUUCACCCACUAAUCCUUCCAAUAUACACCUCAAUUCUCACUCAAAUUCUGUACGAGUGCGUACUUCAAAAAUUAGGGCAGAUGUCUCACUCGAAGUCGAAGAACACCCUUUUCCUUUUCCCCCAAACGCCAUGCGAAGGAAGCUUGAUUCCAGGUGGUUGGGUGGAUUCAGUUUAGGAAUUGAUCUUGGGUUGUCUCGUUUCCAGACGUUUCUCCUCGAUUGUACUUCAAGUCGAUACGAUUUCCUUCAUUGCUCCAUUCUUAGACCCUAA